CCUAUCAAAAGCUGUCUCCGGACCAUAGCCUUUUUUCUGGUGUUCUUGUAAACAAACAUGAGUAGAAACUGCAAGCUAGCAAGCAAUUUGCCUAUUUUUUAAGACGCAGAAUAACCUGCGAUUACACCUGUCAGAUAUUAUUUAUAAUACAUCGGGGACUGCGGUUACAUGCGCAUCCGGCAGAACUGCUCCAGCUUCUCUCUGCUGACUUUGAUGUAUCUUCGGGUGACCCAAAUAUGUUAUAGAGACAUGACUGGGGAGAGUACAAAGAAACCAUAGCUGUUCUCGUUGUCUUGUCCUCAUCAACAACUAUAAGGAUGAUCUCCCAGAUCUUCAUUUUGUCCUCCAAGGGCGAUCACCUCAUCUACAAAGACUUCCGCGGGGAAGUGGGCAAGGAUGCGGUCACAGUUUUCUACGAGAAGGUGACCGCGCUGACGGGGGAUCAGCCGCCUGUAGUCAUGAGUCACAAGGAGCUACACUUUGUGCACAUCAGACAAGGGGGCCUCUACUGGGUUGUCACGACGACUGCAGACUCAUCCCCGUUCACCCUUGUUGAGUUCCUCAACAGGUUGACAACUCUCAUAAAGGACUACUGUGGCAGCUUGUCAGAGAAGUCCGUACGGAUGAACUUUGCCCUUAUCUACGAGCUGUUGGACGAGGUGGUGGACAAUGGCUACAUCCAGACCACCUCUACUGACAUCUUGAAGAACUUUAUCCAGACGGAGGCAGUGACCUCCAAACCCUUCAGCCUGUUUGAUCUCAGUAAUGUGGGGCUGUUUGGAGCAGAGACCCAACAGAGUAAAGUUGCCCCGAGUGCAGCAGCGGCCAGACCCAUCAUGUCAAGCCGUGGGGACCAGGGUGGGAAGAGUGAGAUAUUUGUCGACGUCGUUGAGAGAAUGUCGGUCGUCAUCGGGUCGAACGGAGUCCUGAUGAAGGUGGACGUGGAAGGGCAGAUCAGGGUGAAGUGCUACAUGCCCAGCUGCUUGGAGAUGCGCAUUGGUCUCAACGAAGAGUUCAGCAUCGGCAAAUCACAGCUUAGAGGUUACGGUGCCGCUGUGCGGGUGGACGAGUGUAGCUUCCAUCAAGCCGUCAAACUGGACGAGUUUGACCAGCACAGGAUCCUCAAAGUCUGCCCCAGCCAGGGAGAGCAUGUGGUGAUGCAGUACCUGCUGAGUGACGAGCUGCCGUCGGCUCCGCCCUUCCGCCUCUUCCCCACCAUAGAGAGGGACAACGGGGGCAGGCUCCUGAUGUACUUGAAGCUACGCUGUGACCUCCCUCCAAAGAGCUCCGCCAUCAACGUGUCCGUGACGGUGCCUGUGCCUAAGGGAUCCCUGAGCCUCUCUCAGGAGCUCAGCAGUCCGGACCAGAAGGCUGAGCUGAGGGCAGAGACCAGAGCGGUGCACUGGGACAUCCCCCGCUUCCCCGGAGGAGCCCAGCUCUCUGCACUCUUUAAGUUGGAGGUUCCAGGUCUGAGCUCAGCCUCCAUGAUGGAGGUGGGACCGGUGGGUCUGAGCUUCGAGCUGCCCAAGUACACCUGCACCGGACUGCAGAUCCGCUUCCUCCGCCUGACCCCCGUCCAAGCCGGCUCGUCCCAGCGCUGGGUCCGCUACGUCACCCACUCAGACUCUUACACCAUCAGGAUAUGAAAAUAGAGUAUUACUUUUGUUAUUAAAGCUUAUCCCCCUUUUGGGCUCUGCCACUUUGCUUUGAUUAAAUUGGUUCUUGUUUGAAUAACCAUUUUGAUGUAUAGCAAUGGCCGGAAGUCAAACAAAUACAUGAGAACCAUGACACUAGACUAUUUAAUAAAAACUAAGUGGGGAGAGCAAAAUUGCUGAUUGCAGCUUUAAGUUUAUCUGAUCAUUUAAAUUAUUAUUUUUUUAAAGAAGGAAUUAAAACUAUGUGUUCCCAUAUAAACGAUCACCUGUUGUCUGACUGUAUGUAACUGACCAAGGAUUUGUAAAUAAAUGUGGUCAUUGAC